CACUCCCGAUAUCCUGAUCUCCACUAGCUCGAACACGCCUCGCUAAUUAACUCCGAGCAAACCACGCUAGCAAAGCAUGGGGAGCAGCAAGGCCGUCGUCUGUGCGCUGGCGUUCGUUCUGCUGCUGGCCGCGGAGACGGCGGCGGGGGCAUCGUGCGACGCGACGGCGCUGAGCCCGUGCGUGGGCGCCAUCAUGCUGGGCGGGGCCGUGACGCCGGGCUGCUGCGCCAGGCUCAAGGCCCAGCAAGGGUGCCUGUGCCAGUACGCGCGUAACCCGUCCUACGCCGGCUACGUCGGCAGCCCGAGGGCGCAGGGCGUCGUCCAGGCGUGCGGCCUCCCCAAACCCAAGUGCUGAACAAUCGAUCGCCCGGCCGGCAAUCCGGCAUGGGCGCGGCACGGCCGGGCGUACGGACGGACGUGUUCACGAUGCCAUGUGCGUACGUACCGGUCGGUGGUCUCUACGUAUUUGUAAUGUAUAAUACGCGGUCGACGCCGUCGAGCUAGCUCGAGCUAGAGCCAGUACACGUAUGUGUAGCACGUGCGUGUGUGUACGUUUGGGCUGGCUGGCUGACUGAGGGUCGAUCUAAAUAAACGUGUGGUUGCUAGCAGGCGCAUAUAGCACGUGCGUAUGCCAUACAUGUGUACGUUUUAAUGUUCUACUACUGUCAGGAAUGAAUAAAUUUUCUGGAGCAACUAGCCACGCUACGUGCUCUUUGUUGUUUGUGCUUCA